AUGGAACUCAACCGAGAACAUUUUCGCGCCAUAAUUAAUUACAACUUUCAGAGACAAUUAUCGCAACAAGAAUGCCUUGCUGAGUCAUUUUUUGUUUUCGGCAACGAAGAGCCACAUCAUCUUAGCGACGAUCCCAGGGUGGGUGCACCAGAAACGGCAGUCACCCAGCAAAACGUCGAUGCUGUGCGCAAACUCAUCAUUGAAGAUACUAUUGAGGCGGCCUUGAAGAUCUCAAAGACCUCAAUUCAAAAAAUAUUACAUGAAGAAUUAGGAGUAAGAAAAUUAGUUUCUCGUUGGAUACCCCACCUGUUGACUGAAGAGCAGAAAGCAGCCAGGGAUAAUUGGUGUCAAAAAACGCUUGACCGGUUCAAUUCCGGAAACUCAAAAAAUGUGUACCGCAUUGUUAGUGGUGAUGAAUCGUGGAUUUACUGUUAUGAACCAGAAAAUACACGACAGUCGGCUGUUUGGGUGUUCCAAGGUGAAGAAAAGCCAACAAAAGUCAUCCGUUCUGGAAGUGUUUCGAAAAAGAUGGUCGCGACAUUUCAAAGAACUGUUGCUGCGGAUUGGUAUACCACCAUUUGUUUGCCAAAAGUCAUCACCGAGCUUCGGAAAAUCAACCCCGAAAGAAGAAUCAUCCUCCUCCAAGACAAUGCAAGCUCGCACACAGCCCAAAAAACAAGGCAGUAUUUUACGAAAGAAAACGUGGAAUUAUUGGAUCAUCCUCCAUAUAGUCCCGAUCUAAGUCCUAACGAUUUCUUUACUUUCCCGAAAAUUAAAAACAGACUGCGUGGUCGAAGGUUCCAGUCACCAGAAGGAGCAGUUGACGCAUUCAACAAUGCCGUUUUGGAUCUGCCAGCAAACGAGUGGAAUAAGUGCUUCGAAAAUUGGUUCGAGCGCAUGCAGAUGUGUAUUAAUCUUGGUGGAGAAUACUUUGAAAAACAAUAAAGUCAUUUAAAAUUA